CUCCCCCGGCAGGCCGGCCGGCCGGCGGACGGCAGCCGGCGAGGGCCGCAAGAGGCGCGGCGGCGCGUUCGCCCUGCCGGCGCCGGUGCGGGCGCCGGUGCGCGGGCGGCGUCGGCGAUGCGCGGGCGCGGCGGGCGCUCGGCGGGGGGACGGGCCGCCCCCCGCCCGCGGCGCGGCGGCGGCGGCGGGUGACCGCGGCGGGGCGGCGGCCAUGGGGUGCCUGCAGAGCGUGGCCUGCAAGGCGCGGGUGCGGCGGGAGCACAUCGUGGUGUCGGACGUGUCGGCCACCAUCGAGCCGGCGGCCACCGCCAUCGAGGAGAGCUCGCCCGUGGUGCUGCGCUACCGCACGCCCUACUUCCGCGCCUCGGCGCGCGUCCUCAUGCCGCCCAUCGCCCGGCGGCACACCUGGGUGGUGGGCUGGAUCCAGGCCUGCAACCACAUGGAGUUCUACAACACCUACAGCGACCUCGGCGUAUCAAGCUGGGAGCUGCCCGACUUGAGAGAAGGAAGAGUAAAAGCCAUCAGUGAUUCUGAUGGAGUGAGCUACCCCUGGUACGGAAACACCACAGAAACUGUAACCCUGGUUGGGCCCACUAACAAGAUCUCCAGGUUCUCGGGAAAUGCAAGGAGCAAGAAUAUGAUCAAACCGUGCCUGUGGCAAAUGCUGCUUUCCACCCAAUUAGACGUAGAAGCGGAGACCAUGCCUACCAGACGUGGAGGGCUUGUGCAGCGAACCUUCCUGUCUGCCCUGACAGGGAGCGGGUGUCACCACAGUGUCUAUACCUAUGCAUUUGGAUUGAUAAUCAACCCAUCACCAUGCUCUUUGGGACUCGGCGGAGGUUUGCCGGGAGACGGAGAGGCCCGGGGCGGCGGGGGAGCUGGUGCCAUCUGAGGUGCUGAGCUGGAGCCCGGCAGCCGCCGCUGCCCGAGAGGAGUUUUCUGCAGCCGACUCAAAGCAGGACAUUUUGCAUGCGUCUCGGUGUGUUUGGAGUAGUUGUGAAUAUAGGAGAUGCCAUAGUUCUUUUCAAUCUUGGGGUGAAAUCUAACGGCAGGUUAGAUGUCCUUUAGUUUUAAGGUGCACUAAGCCUUUGCAGUUCCUCAGUCAUUCCCCCCCCACCCCGCCAACCCUUCUUUUACAGAAGCAAAAAUUAUUCUCGGCUGAAGGAGAAAUUGCGAGCAAUGCCUGUUUACUCAGCCAAGGGAGACCAGGCUGUUACUGACUGUGAUUGUGUUUGCGUGGUAUCCAAAAAAGCUUGGAGGUACUCCAGGAUUCAAGCGCUUCCACUGCAGACGUAAGUUGGUUGCGAGAAGUUGGGUGCUUGCUCAUUUUCCACGCAAAUGCCUGUUCAUGUGGAGAGCCUCAUUCUUAGCCACCCACAGAGCAGCACAGCUAGAAGUUUGCAUGUGUGCUUGCACACAGUGCUUGUGGAUGCCAGCACCUGAACCGAGGCCUGGGCUCGUGAGGGUGGCACUGCGUGCGUUGCUGUAACUCCCCAAGCUCUGCAAGGGUUGGGGGUGUAUGAAAACACCUGGGGGGGUUUCCUCUCCAUGGGUCAGAGGCCCAGAUGUGAGCAGAUGCUGCUCUGGGCAGGCCUUAGCGUGCGGCGGGGUUUGCAUAGGGAGACGGAAGGGAGCGUGCUCCCUGGGCACUACCUCGUGCUGUUGCAGAUGUUUGGCAGAUAACAGAUUUUUUAUUUAUUUAUUUAUUUUCUUCUCACUCCUCACCCUUUCUUCGCUGCCUGGGUCGCUGGCAUCAUCCUGGUGCGUGGGGACGUGCUGACGUGGUGGAUUGCGAUGUGCAAUUUCCUGUUUGUUUUAGCCCUGGGAGCAAGAUUUCUCCUCUUUCCUGUCCCUGUCCCACCAGGGAGGAGAGGUGGCACUUUAGCUGCUCCCUCAGGAUGCACCAGAGGCAAAAAACAUGUUUGUGCUGCUGCUGCUACCACCACGAAAGCGGUUCCAGGCACCCCAUAGCGCCGCGAGGAUGUGAAACAGAUGGUUACGGCUUCAGCUGCUUCCUCCCGACAGGCUUCUGCCUCCCUCUCCGUCGGACAGCCCCGGCACCCGGAGGCUCUCGGCCUGGCAGGGAGGUAGCGCCCGGGACCGGGAGGGCAGGAGUGGGGUGGGAAGAGCCGAAUAGCUUCUGGCGAGGCUUGUGCUUUAGACCAGCUCAGUUCCCUAUGGGAAAUGAGACCCUGCUUGUUUUUCCGUUGCUAUCUGGAGACCCUGCUGCGCAGGGUGCAUGGCGGCCGGCUGCUGAAUGCUGCCCAUGGCAGGAACCACGAGCUGCCCAGCAGCUCCUCGAGCUUGGUUGGGUUCCUGCCCUUGGGAGCCAGCGAGCUGGCGACUGGCAGCUUCUACUGUUGUGGGGAUUUAGGUAAUUCCUCCUCGUAAUUCCCCAGCUCGGAGGUUCCCGUGCCACCUGCCUUCUGUCAGCGAGCGGCCAGCUGCGCCUCCCUGCUGCGGGAGGGCCAGGGGCAGGGUGGUCUCGUUCCACACUUUGCACAAAGCCUAGUUGCAGUAUUAGCAGUGCUUCCCUGAGCUUGGCCGUCGGGCAGCACAACCCAGAGCUGCUUUGCUCCCCCAAGACGCUGAGCCUGCUUUUCCCCCCUCGGUGGAGGAGCGUUUACCCCAGUGUGCUCACGCCAAGCCUCGCGCUUCUGGGCAGCCCGGGUGUCAUGCGGCGGCAGGCUGGGGGAAGGCUGCUGGCUGCUGCAGGGGCAGAACUGCCUAGGAGCAGCGCGAGCUCGGCUGAGCGGGGAUCGUGCCUGGUUAACAUACGCCACGGUGCUUCUCCAGGCCCUCUGGUUAGGAUUCCUGCAUUGCCGCUGCCUUGUACCUUAGUACCUUGAGCCCCUUUGGUGGCAGGGACCAGCUCGAGCUUCCCAGGUGGCAGGGAACGUCGCUCCUCAGAGCACGCACGGUUUCCUGCAAAGCUUCAGCCGCUGCUUGUGCUUUCCCAUGGUGGGAUGUGCACCCCGGGCAUCUGGGAGCCGGUCCCCAAGAGCGCAGGGACACCCCAGACAUCUUAGACCAAAAAUCCCUGUGAUCGCCCCGAGCUAUUUAUUAUUCUCAGCGGUGUUUGCUACCGAUUCAAUUUUUUUUUCCUUUGGGAAUGUUGAAGCCUCGAUGAAUACUUUCAAAUGUUGCAGCCAAUGGAGCCGGUCCUGCUCCUCCCGUUCACCCUUGCGUGAGCAGAGGGCUUUGGUAGUCUGGGAACCAGCCUGCUGAUUUUGGUGCCUAAGUUUGGAUUUAGCUGAGGGUUGGGUGAAGCCUUGCAGUGAGGAAGGUUUGGAGGGGGAGUGGGCAAAGAGCUUUGAUUUGUUGAGCAGACCUUCUACAGGGAAAUCGUCAGCAUGGGAAAAUAUCCCAUUUUUGUGAGAUUCUGCUGGUGUUUUUAUACUGAUAUGUGAUCAAAGGCAUUUUUGCCGUCAUUGAUGUUUUGUUUAUCAGAAGUGUGUGUGGAGGGGUGUUUUGGUAUGCAGAAAUUUUAAAUACAAUUUUCAGUAAAACUUGGGGGAGGAGGGGUACCUUUCAGUUUGUAAAAAGACAGACAAAUAUAUUUUUGACCUAGUGGGACAGAAACAAUCCUGAAGCACCCUGUGAAAUCCUUUCCCAGGGUGCUAGCCAGGUCCCAUCUCUGAAGUGCAGAGGUUUUUCCACCUGCCUUUAUGAGAUGGUUUCAGUCCAUUUUGGAGAUGUAGCCAGCUGGUGGCCGUGGGAUGCAGGGGGGGAGACCGUGUGCAUUGGCUUUGGGGUGCUGAGCGUAGUCCUGGUCUCUGUGGUGCAUUUGAAGGUCUCUUGUCUCAGGCAGUAUCUGAACCUGGGGAAGGGGUUCCCUGACAAAUCUGUUUCCCCAAGGUGAGCUCCAAGCUAGGAGAGGACCGCUGAGCAGUGCGCGAUGGGAGCCUGAGAGCUGGCGUCCGCCAUUCCCACGUUUCGGCCAGGCACAAGCUAGGAGGUGAAGCCGCCCUGAGCACCGCUGUGUCCUGCAAGGCUGCUGUGGGGCCCGGCUGAGACACGUGGCCAUCUGUCAGCGCUCCAAAACCCAGCGGAGAUGGUCCGGGGGCUGUGCUCGGGGAGGCUGCGUGCUGGCCAUGCGGCCCUGGGAGCAGCUGCAGCCCCGCAGUGACGCCAGCCGGUUGGUAUAGGAGAGGGAAGGAGGGAGCUGAUGGAGAGAUGCUGUUGAUUUUGUUGCCGUCUUUUGGGAUGUGUUGGCUGGCUGGAGCCUGAGCAGAUCAUCUGCUGUGAUUUCCCAAGACCUGGACGAUGGCAGCCGCUGUUGCUGUCUGUGUGUUUCUGCAGUGUUCCCCUUGGGGUGCUCUGUGCCAAGCGCUGGUGAAAUCUGGGUCGUGUCCGGGGUGCCGGGGUUGGCUGUGCCCUGUGCUGGCGGGCUGAUGGCUGACCUUGCUGCUGGCAUCUAGCUCAGAGCCCAGCCAUAGCCUUGUGCUUUGGCCCAGCGCUGGUGGGCCCACCUCUGGUGGGGGUUUGCUCCCGUGGACUCUUCUGGGACACCUUGUUCUCAUCCAUGUUGUCCUCUAGAGCAGUUUUCCCCUGUGCUUGUGCACUAAGGACCAUGCCAGGUACACCUGAACUGGGAGCAGCCCCGGGAAUGGGUUGCAGACCAGCUGUGUAGCGCCUUGAGUGGCCUGGGGAAGUCUGUCCUCUGCGAGGAGCAGGGAGGAACCACGUUGCUUUGGACCGGCCAUGGCUGCUUGCCAGCCUGCCUGGAGCUGUGUGGCCUCGUUUGGGAGGGUGCUGCCAGCACCGGUGCCUUUUUCCCCGUCCAUCUCUUCUGCCUGGCUCCCGUGCCUGCUCCUUCUCUGAUGUCCGGAUUUGAUGCACAGAGCUAGGUUUGGUUUGUCGGUUGUCUUUGUGGGCAUUACCCCAUGCUGUUUGCAAACGGCGCGUGGUCACUAGAUCCUCCUUGGAUGGAGGCGCCAGCUGAGCAUCCCCGAGUUCAGUAGCGUUGACGAGUGCAUUGGCUGUCCCAGACCUGUCGUCCUCAUGUUGGGCUUUCCGCAACAGGCAUCAGGUGUCCUACGGCAGACAAACCGCUGCUGCGUGCUGUAGGGGAAGCCCAGCUCUGCUGUGCUUGUGACCGAAGGCAGGCGUGGACCCAGUCUGUGGGAGGCUGAGCUGAGUGGGUCGCAAGCACGCACACCCUGUGUGCUUUGCGAAACUGGUGUUGGAGUGUGUGUGGGAAAGUGCUAUGAAAAUUGGGUGCCGCCAUGCAGCUGCCUAGCUCUGCGCUUGCAGCUGCAGCGUGCCGCUUAGGCAGGUUGGGUCUGUGCUGGCCGGGAGCGGGUUUGAGUGCGAGAGCCGCCGCCUGGCUAGAGGGCGGCUGAGCCUGUUGAAGUGGUUUCCUCCGUGCCCGUCUGUCUCACCGGGGCCACGCAAAGCUGUUUGGCUGGCGUGGAGCCGAGGCCUCCCGGCGCCUCUUGCUCUCGGUUGCUUGUGUCCUCGCGCGUCGUCCAUCGCUGCGGGGUCCGAGAGCCACCAGCAAGCGUGGCGGGGGGCUGUCCCGGCGGGAGAAGCGCGUGGUCUUCCUGGUAGAUGGAGAAAGUGGGAAUUGCAUGAGGGCUUUGGGCAGGUUUUGUGGUGGGAGGGAGCAGAAGGCCGGUGAGAUGCUGGGAGCGCGGUGGAAGCGCUGUGCCUCUCAUCUCUGCGGCCCUGGGCUGUGUUUGCGAGGGCCGGAGGGGCUGAGCAGGAGCCCACCUCAGCGAGGACCUGCCCUGGUGCAUCCCGAACCUGGGACGGGGUGUGUAAAACCGCACAGUGGGAUGCUUCUUCCUUCCAAUGCUGUUUCCUUCCCUGCUCCCCUUCUUUUUAGCCAGCACCUUGUUAUCUCAGGGAGGGACAGGUCGCAGAAGCACCUGCCACACCUUCCCCCCGCCCCGAGGCUGGGCCUGCCGGGCCGCGUGCCCGGGCCCCUCGCCUCCCCUCGCCUCCCUCCGCCGCUUUGCGCUUUCAUGGCCGUGCCUCAGCGCCGCGCGCGUCCCCAUGGGCUGUGCGGGCAGGCCCCGCCGGCCCCGGGCGAGGCUGUGCGGGACGCGUCCGUCUGUCUGCUCUUACGGCACUGCUGCGCGCGCCCGGGGCGGGAGGCGCCUGCAGAGCAGACAGACAAACUGCAAAACCGACGCGGGGUGCGACCGACCCCGUCCGGGGCUUGUGCCACCCCUCUCUUCGGUGUGCAAGCAGACCCAUCCACCUGCGUGUGCGUUUGGUUUGUGUAUUUAUUUAUUUGUAUUUAUUUACGGUUUAUUUAAGUUAUUUAUUUGUAUUUAUUGCUUAAUAAACUCGGGGUUUAUUCCUGUGGCGCAUGCGGCUGGGCCCGCCGUGCGUUUCAGGGCCCGCCAGGGGCGAGCGGGACCCUGCGGGCUCUGCCGGGGGGACGCCUGCCUGGAGCCCUGCUGCAUCCUCUCCUGACUGCGGCUCUGCUUCUCCUCCCUGCCUCGGCUUUUGCAGGGGAGGGAGAACCAGGGAAAAGGAACAGGAUUCACCUAAAUGCCCGCAGGGAGGGAAAUCCGGGCCCAUCCUCUUCCCGCAGCAGCUCAAAGCCCCCUUGUCCCCCUUCCCAGGCACGAUGCUCCCUCCCGUGCCCGUCUGUAUUUAUUGGCCCGGCCUCCCCGUGUUUUUCUGUUUGGCUCACGCUGUAUUUAAUGUUGCUAAUUUCCGGAGAUGGUGAUAAGAGCAAGAACGUGUGGGUGUCGCUAUGGAGAAAAGACAAAAUCAGGUAUUCUGCUGCCGUGUGGGGAAAAUCAGAAGGAAGAGGAGACGAAAGCUGGUUUUGCAGAGUGCCUUAAACACAAAUGACUUUACCGAGUAGGGGACUUGGAUUCUUCUGUCUUUGGAUGUUAUUACAAACUCAAACAAAUGUUGCAUUUCACUUCUCUGGGAUUAAAAGACAAAUACUCAA